AAACUAGCCCAUUCCUCCAACGCGACACCAGGUGGCGCAGUAGGGAGGUGGGAGACUGCGCACGCGCGGUUGGAGGACGGUUCCGGAGACCAGUUUCGCAGCGGCCUUCAGUCUCCCGGGCAACAUGAAGCCCGGAGUGGAGGCCCGAGGUGCGCGUGGAGAGGAGCAGCGGAAGCUAGGACUCUGCGUCCUCUGCGGCCUGCCCGCGGCAGGAAAAUCGACCUUCGCGCGGGCCCUCAGCCUCCGGCUCAAACGGGAGCUGGGCUGGGCCGUCGGCGUCGUCGCCUACGAUGACAUCAUGCCUGACGCAUUCCUCGAGGAGGCGGGCGCACGGCCACAACCAUCCCAGUGGAAAUUGCUUCGACAGGAACUAUUGCAGUACAUAGAGCACUUCUUGCUGGCUGUCAUUAACAGCUGUCGGAUGUCUGCCCCGCCCAACAGGAGAGAAGCCAUGUGGGAAGAUUUUAUAACCUGCUUGAAGGACCAAGACCUGCUGUCCUCUGCAGCCCUUGAGGCCCCGUCUAGCUGCCUCUUAACGAAGACUGCUAUUUCUGGGCCUUUGUUUUUGAUUUUAGAUGACAACUUUUAUUAUCAAAGUAUGAGAUAUGAAGUCUACCAGCUGGCUCGAAAAUAUUCAUUAGGCUUUUGCCAGGUCUUUUUAGAUUGUUCUCUCGAGACCUGUUUACAGAGGAACGGCCAGAGACCUCAGGCACUGCCUGCUGAGACCAUCCAACUGAUGACGAGAAAGAUAGAAGAGCCAAACCCCAAGAAAAAUGCUUGGGAACACAACAGCCUCACAAUUCGGAGUCCAGCGUGUUCUUCUGGAGCCAGCCCGGAGUUGACUGAUUUAUUGCUCACUGCUCUGGAAAAUCCAGUAAAAUAUGUUGAAGACAACGUGGAACAAAAGGAAACAGACAGAAUUGUUUGUUCAACCAACAUUCUUCAUCAAGCUGAUCAGACGCUGCGAAGAAUUGUCUCUCAGACAAUGAAGGAAGCCAAAGAUGAACAAGUGCCUUCUUACAACUUGAAACUUCUAGCAGAAGAACUUAACAAGCUCAAAGCAGAGUUUCUGGAAGACCUAAGACAAGGGAACAAAAAAUACCCAUGCUUUCAACACACGGCUGGAUUAUCGGGUGUUGUUUCUUUGUUUCAUUAUGAGAAAGACAGCAUUGUGCAGAAGUAUUUUUCGAAGCAGCAUUUAAAAUUCUGACUUUCUAAUCAAAUGUCUGAUUUUGGUUAAGAUUUUGCAAACUGACGACAAUAAUUCCGUAUUACUGAAUGUCUUCUAGGCCAGUGAAGUGAACUGCCUUUUUUAUAAAAAUCAGUCACCCUAAAAGAUCCAUUUGUUGUUACAGAAGUUACUUUAGUCAGCUACCUGUGAGAUGCUACAGGGUGAUUAAGCCUCCAGCAGCCUCAGAGCCCUGAGGGCGGGGGAGGGGCAGCAGUCUCCAGGCGAGGCGUGGAUGUUAAAUACAGGGAAGAAACUAGAAAGGAGACAAAACGGGGAUGCUCGGAGCCCAUUCUAACUCACGUGACAGACGUUCUCAUGGGUGAGGCAUUCUUCAAAUUCAAACAAAGGUUGCCAAUAAGAAACCCUUUUCUCUUAAUUAACAUUUUACAUACUGGAAAGUUACUUAAGAAAACCAAUUGGAUCCUAGUUCUCAAAAAA